AUGUCUGAAGUACAGGGAACGGUUGAGUUUUCUGUAGAGCUACACAAAUUCCACAAUGUGGAUCUCUUCCAGCGAGGGCAUUAUCAAGUCCGAGUUACCUUGAAGGUCCCAUCAAGAAUUCCCCACAGGUUGAGUGUCAAGCUUGGUGGGCAGACAGAGGUCUCCAACUUGGGUUCCGCAAGUAUCCAAGACAACACUGUGAACAGUCGGAUAUUUCAAAUCUUGUACAGGAAUGAAGAGAUCGUCAUUAAUGAGCUGAUGACUUUUCGAGUGCAUUUGCUCUUAGAUGGGGAAAGGGUUGAAAAUGCUUUAAGUGAAGUAGAUUUCCAGCUCAAGUUGGACCUUCAUUUUACAGAGAGUGAGCAACAGGCAAGGGAUUUGGCGGGGAUGCCAACCAUCAGCAGCCGCACACUGGGCCUCCACUUCCAGCCUCGAAGAGGCCUGCACCACCAUAUCCCUGUAAUGUUUGACUAUUUCCACCUGUCUGUGAUCUCCGUGACAAUCCAUGCCUCACUAGUGGCCCUGCAGCAACCAUUGAUCAGCUUUACACGCCCAGGGAAAGGAUCAUGGCUGGGUAAAGGCAGCCCAGAGUCAGGUUCGGAACAGUCCAGUAUGUCCUUAGAAAGCCUUGUCUUUGGAGCUGGUUACUGCAAGCCUUCCUUCUCAGAGGGAAGUUUUUAUACACCCUCUGAGAACUGUAUGCAACAUGCAUACAAAUGGCACCGGGACCUGUGUCACCUGCUCUUGAACACAUACCAAGAACUAUAUGUUUACUUCCUCAUCCUCAUGAAGGACAUCCCAGAUUUCCCACGAAUGAAGCUGGAGAAACUUGCUGUUGAAGAAACAUUAUCUCUUCUGUGUUCAGAGCUACAGCUGAUGAACAACCCUGAGAAGAUAGCUGAGCAGAUAAGCAAGGAUCUCACUUGGCUUUGCUCCCAUCUCUUGGAACUAUGGACCCAGUUCCUGGAAGUGGUGUCGCUGAACCCUGAAGUCACAAUGUAUCUCAACAAGGAGCACCAUGCUCUAAGGGUCAGAAGAUUUUCAGAGGCUUUCUUCUACAUGGAACAUCAGAAGCUUUCUGUCCUGACAUUUCAGGAAAGUGUGAUCCAAAGACAGAGUCAGAUUGCUUUGGAUGUCCGGAAUUCUGAAUACUUCACCAGCAUGCCUCCCCUCCCAGCAGAAUGCCUUGAUAUUGAUGGAGACUGGAACACCCUACCAGUCAUUUUUGAGGAUAGAUACGUGGAAUGUCCUGGGAAAGGGUACAAUUUGGGGAUUUCCCCAAAUGUUGCUCCUGUUAAAACUACCCCAAAAGUGGAACAAAAGGAAAAAGAGAAGAGUCAACAAUCAAAUACUAAUGCAACAUCUGAGAAGACAACAUUCAGGGAAGAUGCUUCUUUACCACACAACUUUGAAAUGGACUGUCUGUGUCCUGGUACAGGUGGGGAAGUAUCCACGGACAGAUACUCACCCCCUAGUUCAGUAUCUCAGGUAUACUUGACAAUUGGUGAAUCCCAGGAUGAAAUGGGUUUACCUCAAGAGCCUCCAACAGCUUCAGCAGAUGAUCCUGCAACUGAUGUCAGGCCCAUUGUUUUAACACAAUCUGUACCAGACCUGAGCGGAUCUGAGCAGACUGUGGCUGGAGAUAGCAAUCUGGCUUCUUGCUUGACAUACAUUGAAAUGAACCCCAGCAAUAAGCACUCUGAUAAUGGUGAACCUGGGCUAGUAAUUGCUACUCAUUAUGAGACCAGGACACCUGUAGAUAAUUAUAGAAGGACUGUGUCGGACGAAGCAGCUGCAUCUCCUAACCCUGAGAAUGUUGUCUCCACAGACAAAGUUGUAUUAAAUGAAUUAAGUAAGAAGGGGAAUCAGGAGAAUAAGGCCAUGUUGCUAUCACUGAAACAUCUUCCAGUGAACUUGAUUGAUCCAUUAAGCCCAACACCGAGAGAUCCAUUGGAUAUUAAAUCAUUGCCACGGGAUCAAAAGAGUAAUGAAUGCGAAGUGCUAUCAGCACUGUCUGGGACCAUCAAACGGUCUUCUUCAGUUAUUUCUGACUCAGGCAUUGAGAGUGAACCAAGCUCCGUUGCUUGGUCUGAGGCCCGUAGCAGGGCUCUGGAAUUACCCAGUGACCGAGAGGUCUUGCACCAACUUGUAAGAAGGCAUGCCAUCCAUAGAAACUCCUUAGAAGGUGGUCACACAGAAAGCAAUACAAGCUUGCCUAGUGGUAUCCAAGCUUCCCUGACCUCUAUUAGCUCUUUGCCCUUUGAGGAAGAAGAGAGAGAGGUGGCCCUGAACAAGCUAACUAAAUCUGUUUCAGCUCCUCAGAUAAGUAGCCCGGAGGAGUUGGCAGGGGACAGUGACAUAUCCAGAAGUGACCAGGGGAAUUCAGAGACCCUAGAUGGCCACUUUCAGAAAUACCUUGAAGAAAACCAGGAUGAGGGCAGAAACAUAAAUUCCAUUCGGAACUUUCCUGGGUUUCAAAAUGAGCCCCCAAAGCAUGACUGUGAAGUCUUCCAUUCACUAGUGGAGAUGAUUUUUGAUACAGAUCACCCACAAGAAGACAAGGGCUACAUGGAUUUAGCAGAGGUUAACAAUAAUCCACAUUUUCUUUUUGGGCAUUGUAGUUUCACCUAUAGUGAACCAGUGGUGGAUGAAACAUCUUAUGUUGGUGGAGCUGAGUACUCUUCCAUGGCUAAAACCAAAGAACUGACUUUAGACAUAUUGCAUGUCUCUGAAGUAGAUACUAUCCAGGAUGAUGUUUCCAAUGAAGGUCUACCGGAAAAUCCAAAGGCUGGGUCUGAGGUCUCAAAGACCGAGAAUGACGUAUUUUCUAGUAUCAACAUCUCAGCCAUUGAGGAUUUCUCCAAAUCCAUCCAUCAGGUGCCUGAAUUUCCCUGCAGUCCCUCUGUAGAAACUGCCAGACCAGACUCAAAGACAGAGAAAAGUAGGGACUCUCCCACUGGUGAUGAUGCCUCUGCCCAAGAAGGGUCCCAUAUUUUGCAAGAAGUAGAUCUAAAUGAAGUCAUUGUGGUCAACCACAGCCCAGAAGUCCAUGAUGUUGAUUAUCAAUGCCUUGAAAACUUUGAAUCUAAACCUAUUGCCAAUGGCAACAACUUCCAUUUGGCCACCACUGAGGCAUUGGCAUUGGACACAAGAAAGGCUGUGGAGGUGGUUAAUCUGUCUGUGUCCUGUGCAGCUACAUGUCUUCCUUUCUCCUCAAUGCUUAAGGAAGCUCCUGCCAAGGUUGGACUUGCUUCUAAACAAAACAUAUUCCCAAUUACCCACCAGCCUGUGGGCUCCUUUGGGGUGGUCUUAUGUAAUGCAAGAAAUUUGGAAGAAGAAGUCAAUGAAAGAAUGUUUAGUUUUUAUCAGGCCAAAGAGAAAUUUAAAAAAGAGCUGAAGAAUGAAGAGUGUCUGUACAGUGACUUGUCUGUACUAGCUUCUGACUUGCCAUAUUUUCCACCAGAGGAAGAGGAGGACAACGUGGAAGAUGGGAUUCAUCUGGUUAUCUGUGUCCAUGGGCUGGAUGGUAACAGCGCAGACCUCCGCCUGGUAAAGACAUUUAUUGAACUGGGCCUUCCUGGAGGAAAAUUGGACUUCUUGAUGUCUGAGAGGAAUCAGAGUGACACUUUUGCUGACUUUGACACAAUGACAGACCGAUUGCUAGAUGAGAUCAUUCAGCAUAUCCAGUUGUAUAAUCUGUCCAUUUCUCGAAUCAGCUUUAUUGGCCAUUCCCUUGGCAACAUCAUCAUCCGAUCAGUAUUGACUCGGCCUCGUUUUCGGUAUUACCUCAACAAGCUACAUACCUUUCUUUCUCUCUCUGGGCCGCACUUGGGGACACUGUACAACAAUAGUACUCUUGUUAGUACAGGUUUGUGGCUAAUGCAAAAGCUGAAGAAAUCUGGGUCCCUUUUACAGCUGACCUUCAGAGACAACACAGAUUUGCGCAAAUGUUUCCUGUACCAACUGAGUCAAAAGACAGGCCUUCAGUACUUUAAAAAUGUUGUGUUGGUUGCUUCUCCUCAAGAUCGGUACGUGCCAUUUCAUUCAGCAAGGAUUGAAAUGUGUAAAAUGGCCCUCAAGGACAGGCAUACAGGUCCAGUUUAUGUUGAGAUGAUCAACAACCUUCUCCAACCUCUGGUUGAGGCCAAGGAUUGCACUGUAAUUCGACACAACGUAUUCCAUGCUCUGCCCAACACUGCCAAUGCCCUGAUUGGCCGAGCUGCCCAUAUAGCUGUGCUGGAUUCUGAACUGUUCCUGGAGAAAUUUUUCCUGGUCACAGGACUCAACUACUUCAAAUAAUGGCUUUAGGGGACUCAAUUAGGGCCCUGUGUAAUACCCCAAAAAGCAACCAGUGCACUUUUUUCAGUAUCAUCGAGACCCUUAGCUGAAACAUACAGCUUUUUAGACGGGAGGCCCAUGGUAAACAUUGAAAUAGGAGCCCCAUUUGCAUUUUAGGUGGAAAGUGGAAAGGACAAGGCCAUACGGGAAUGGUUACAGAUGUUGAAGCUGCUCCUAUGUCGGUUUUGGAAAGCCAAGCAAACCAUCAUUUACCAAAUUGUAGGUUAUCAUUUGCCUGGUGACCUGAAGUCACAUUCCAAAUACUUCACAAGAAUAAGAAGAAAAAUAAACAAGUGUUGGGAGAGAGGUGAUGGGACCAGUGUCAUAAUCUUAAUAGCAUAGAACAAUGGCUUCCUCCCCUGUUUAACUCAAUUUGUCCAAAGCAUUACCAGCUUGAGUGUUUGUCAGUUGACAUAAGUUCAUAGAAACAUUUCAGAACUCAGGUUAAAACCUCUUUUUGUGUGUGUAGAACUGGAGAUUAUUU